AUGGCUGUGCCGACUGAUUUCGUCAAUUUACCAAGGUGGAUCGAUAAAUUAUACAAUGGUCUCAAGAAAUGGGCAACCUGGGAUUUUUUGACAGCAAUUGUGGAGUGGGAGUCUUGCUGCGACAUCAUCGUCGAGUUGAGUGAAGACGCUGAGUCCAUCAAUCCAAAGCACAAGAUAAAUAUGGAUAAAGAACUGGAGGAAUUAGUAAUACGAGACUUGGUGGACCCAAUUCAAGCUGUCGUCUCCUCCAAGCGAAAGAUGGAUGCUGUCAUGGAGUUCGAAGAGUCUGAAGCGGAAGCUUUCAUCGAAUAUCUUCAUAGAGGUAUGGGUAUUUUUACGGCCAAGAGCGACGAGUACAGGACGACUUUUCAUUUGAUACGAAAGCUAUGCGCUCACCAUCGAUGCUGGCCGAAAGCAUUUUCAAUAUCCAAGAAUCUGACCACAGUCGGUAAACAGCCUGCGGGGUCUGGAUCUUUUGCAGACGUGUGGGAGGGUAACUACGGUAAACAAGCCGUAGCUGUGAAAGCUAUCCGCAUUGCUAGCAGUGGUGAUCUGCAAACAAUGAUGAAGAGUUUCUGCAAAGAGGCGGUGGUUUGGAAAUAUCUGACCCACCCGAACGUCGUGCCAUUUUUGGGCAUCAACACGACCCUUUUCAAACUUUGUAUGGUGAGCAAGUGGAUGGAGGGAGGCGAUAUCAGAUCAUACCUGAACGAAAAGCCCGACGCAUACCGUCCAGAUCUGAUUCUCGACAUUGCCUACGGUGUGAAGUAUCUUCACUCGGUCGGUAUCGUCCACGGUGACCUGAAGGGUCUGAACAUACUUGUCGACGAGAAUUCGCACGCAUGUAUCGGCGACUUUGGCCUAACAAGCGUGAAGUACGAAUCCACCAGCAUGAACAUGGCAACGCUAGCAUCCGUCUCUCCAGGUUCUCUGAGAUGGAUGGCUCCCGAAAUGCUCGAUCCCGAAAGUUUCGACAUGGAAAUCACAACAACUUUGGUUGAGAGCGAUGUUUACUCGUUUGCGAUGGUGAUGUGGGAGAUUUUCACAACGCAAGUGCCGUUCGCUGAAUUCCGCAUGGACGCUCAAGUGAUGAAUCAAGUUCUGAAUGGCAAUCGUCCACCACAGCCAAAGAGUGCCGCCAAACUCGGAUUGACGGACGAAGUAUGGGAGAUCAUGGAGGACUGUUGGAAAACAAAGUGGAGCAAGUGGCCGAAGAUCUCCAAAGUUAUUGAUUGGCUGGAGUACGAAUUCGACGAAUUCGAGAAGCAGAACUCGGCGUCGGAUGCGCCAUCAUCGGAAGCAGAAGACAGUUCGGAUGAAGAUGCAUAG